AUGCAACUCCAGGCACCACUCUAUGUGCGGGCUUCGAGUCAUCGGCUGAACGUGCGGUACUCUGUCUGUCGUGUGCGCAAUGGGCGGGGCGUGAUGGAGGUCAAGAAGCUGGUGGAUAGCCGGCUCCAACAUCUCUCGCCGGGGGAGAAAGGAGUUAUAUACUGCACUAGCCAUGCGAAGUGCAAGGCACUUGCCCUACAACUCGGCUGCCACUAUUAUCACGCCCAGCGCGAUAACACUGAUGCCCAUUUCAUCGCCCAGCGUGAGCAAGGCUUCCAGUCAUGGGUCAAUGGGGAAGCCCCAUAUAUCGUGGCCACUGCAGCUCUAGGCACGGGCAUCGACGUUGCAGGCAUCGUCCACGUCAUUCACCUCGAGGCUCCUUUCAGCAUCAUCGACUACGCUCAGGAGGCGGGGCGGGGUGGGCGAGCUGGGGAGCCUGUCACCGCAGAAAUAGUAGUCGAGGAGAGGGACUGGCCGGUUGAGGACCAUGUCCGGGAUAGCUAUCUAGACCCGAGCACGCGUGAGGUCCACAGAUUAAUCCGGACACAAGGCUGCCGCCGUCGCCUGCUUGGGCAGUGCCUAGAUGGUGACUUACGGGACUGCAAGGAUCUUGACGCCGUCCGAUGCGACAACUGCCGCCACGACGAGCUUCUAUGGAAGAGCGAGUUAACUUCGCAAGGUAUUGUAGCAUCACAUGCCCAGGGAAGGCAGAACGCGCGUGCUCUAGAAUGUUUUGAGGCUGCACUGGGGGAGAUUGAGGAACUUGGCAAGAUGGGUUGCCGCAUCUGCUGGAUGUUUGAGGGCAGGAAGGAGGCCAGGCACCUAUGGGGCACCUGCAACACCACGGCGGACGGGGAUCUGUCAUUCUCUAGCUGCAUGGACUUCCAGGGUCGGGUUAACUAUAAGAAGGAACCGCAGGCACGUUUCCUGAGCUGCUACUACUGCCACGUAUCACAGGCGCUCUGCCGAGAUGGCUAUAAGACGAAGGGGGCCUCGUGCUGGCGGUGGAAACAUACGGUGAUCCCUGUAGCAUUGGCCGCGACGACGGAGGCAGAUCUACUGCUACGGAUACAAGAGGCGGCCGGACGAGAGUUUAAGAGCCGGCAAGACUAUGGGGACUGGCUAGGUCGAAAGCAUACUAAGCGACUAUGCGGGCGGGAGAUGACCAAUGCGAUGGCGGUAUUUAUGAUAGUACUUAAAUGGAGGCAAGAAAAUAAUAAUAAAGGAAAAUAA